AUGCCAACUCCAGUGGACUCCAGACAUGACUGCCUCAGGCGGUUCCGUGCUGCUGGUUUGUGGCACAUUGUUGAUGGGAAGCAAUCUGCACCUGUCCUUGCUUCUUCUGCCACUGGAGCAGAUUUGAUUGCAGAAGAUGCAUGGUUGAUCAAGGUGGAUCGUGCUGCUGGCACUUUAGCCCUCUCUGUUGAAGAAGAGCAGUGCAUUCACUUUAAUGGUAUUGAUGAUGAUCCUGUCAAGAUGUGGAAGGCUUUGCAAGAUGUGUUUGUCCAAAGAUGUCCUGGUACCCACUUUGAUGCUUAUGACAACCUCUUCUCCAUCCAGAAGAAGGAGGGCGAGUCCUUGCAGUCUCUCAUGAAUCAUGUCGAUGAAGCUAUCCACUGUAUCAAGGAGCUUCAUGACAAGGAUUUCACUCUCGCCAAGCUUGAUGAUGAGUUGAACUGCAUGGCACUCAUUUGUGCCCUUUCUGAGGAGUACCAAUCUUUUGUCUCCUCACUUCAUCUGAUGGAAAAGCUGGACAAGGAUGCUGUCAAGCUUGCCUUUGUCGCUGAGGAAAGUCAUCGCAAUCACCGUGCUGCUACUGCUGCUGCAGUUGGUACAGCGCUUUCUGCCUCUACUUCUUUGCCCUCUCAUCCUGUUCAUUGCACUUUCUGUGGCCAGACUGGUCAUGUCAUUGAAAAGUGCUAUGCCUAUGCAGAUGCAUCUGCUAAGGCCAAGGACAGAGCAAAGAACAAGGGCAAAGUGAAGGCAAACAAGGCCCAGGAGGUUCCAGAUGACAAGAAGGAAGUUGUUGAAUUUGCUGGAAAUGCAAGUGUUCUUUUUACUUUUGAUCCUUCCAAUCCAUCCACCCCAUUGCAAAUGGAUGCUGACUUUGAUUGGGUUGCAGACACAGGGGCCACUUCUCAUAUGACCUCUCAUUGUCACUGGAUACCCAAUUAUGCUUCCCUCUGCAUCCCAGUCAAGUUAGCUGACAACAGCAUUAUUUAUUCUGCCAGAGUGGGUACUGUGGUUUUCAACCCAGUUGUAAAUGGAAAGAAGGUUUGA